AUGCCAGACUGGUCUCUUCUACCGGAGGAGCUAAUCCAUUUCAUCUCCCUGAAUCAUGACAACUGUUUCGAUGUCGUUCAUGCUCGCUCUGUUUGUACCUCGUGGCGAUCCACAUUUCCCUUCUCGGCUUGCCUAUUACGUCCAAGUUACUCUCUUCCCACGUUUGCCCAGUAUCCUCGAGAAAACGAACGCUUGUGCAUUCUCGAGAAGUUCCCUUUGUUUCUCUUUAGAGUCAAAUCUCCUCAGGGUGCUGCGUCUGAAUAUUUCUUGGGAGGAAUAAGCCGGUAUGAGUCAAAAGGUCGUCAGAUAAACUUUCCAUCUCCUCUUCAGUGUUCAGUGAAAGUGAAUAUCCCCGAAUCUCAACCAGCCUUAAUGAACAUGCUUGAAUGCCAGAUCUUCCCUUUAAGCGAUCAUUACAGAAUGAUUGGUUGGGAUAUUGAAGAAUGGAAAACAAAAGGUUACAGAGGGGUGGCUUUUCUUCCGCUAAUCAAGGAGCGAGGAGGAGGAUUCAUUGUGCUUGUCAACUACAGUAACUUUUUGUUGGUAUUAAGAAGUGCUGAAAUGGAGUGGAUACGGCUUAAGAGAUUCACAAUUGCUUCGUGCCAGAACGUGAUCGUUUUUAGAGGCAAGUUCUACGGAACGGCUCUUAAUAGGGAUAUUUUCUUUAUAGAUCCUUUUACCCUCCAGGUGACUCCUUUGAUGCCCUUGCAGCCUUUGAGCUCGCGAAACUAUCUGGUUCCAUCUGGAAAUGAUGAUGAACUAUUCUUGGUUGAGAAAAUCAUCCCUCCUCCUGAUGUGUCAGAUUUUAGUCAGUUCACAUGUAGAGUGUGCAGGCUAGAUGAAGAGGCUGGUAAAUGGGUUGAGGUCAGCGACGUAGGAGGUCGUGUGUUGUUUAUUGGACACCCGGGAUCUGUCUCAUGCUUUGCUAAGGAGCUACCUGAUAGUUGUGGUGUCAGUGGGAACUCCUUGUUGUUCACCAACGGGCCAGGCAAUGAAACUUACACCUAUAAAUAUGGAGUAAACACAGGAUGCGAGGAGGAAGAAGACCUCAACAUUUGGAGUCUCUCAGGAGAAAAUCAUGUGAUGACCAUCAUAACAUCUCCGGUAGUGGCUUUCCGGGUUCAGGACGUUCAAAGCCCGGGAUUUUCUCUUUUCAUAAAUGAAAAAUGAUUUAAAAAGUUGUAAAUCUGUCCUCAUAUAAAUUAAUUCGAAGUGCUCAACGG